CGCGCACGCAGCCCCACCCCCGAGCGGCCGCGGGAAAAUUCCAAACACGUCAAGCGAAGGAAGCCGCUGUGAGGCCGCGCCAAGUUUUCAAGCCGCAGAAGCCGGGUGGUGGCUGCUCUCCCUCAAUCUGCUGAGGCAGCGCUGGGUGAGGACCACCCGUGGAGGCCGCCACUUCCCGCUGGAACACGGAAGACUCGCGAGAACGUGCGCCGAGCCUCGACGUGGGUGAGCCGCGCUCUCGAGGGGCGCCGAGUCUGAGGCGGGAAGGCUGCUGUGAGGGGUGUCGCUGCUCUCCGCCUAGAGAUGGCUCCAGAUGCUGCAGACCUUGCUCCAGACUAUCAGUUUUGGCUGCAGAAGUUCUCUGUAUGGGAGCAGGCCUCCUCCAAGGAAACCCAGCAGGACACCUGUCUUCACCUGUCCCGGUUCCAGGAGUUCCUGAAGCAGAUGUAUGAGAUCUUGAAAGAGAUGGAUUCUAGGGCAAUCCUGGAAAGGUUCCCCAAAAUUGGUCAGCUGUUGGCAAAAACUUGUUGGAAUCCUCUCAUCUUAGCAUAUGAUGAAAGCCAAAAAUUUCUAAUAUGGUGCUUAUGUUGUCUGAUGAACAAAGAACCACGGACCCCUGGAGAAUCCGAGCUUAACUUCUGGAUCCGCGGUUUGUUAUCGCAUGUGCUUUCUGCAUUCAGAUUUGACGUGAAAGAAGUUGCUCUUUUUACUGAAAGUCUCGGAUAUGAGCCUGUUGAUUACUGUCCUAGCUUGCUUAAAAACAUGGUUUUGUCAUUAGUGUCUGAGCUCAGAGAGAGUCAUCUUAAUGGACUGGACACUCAGAGUCGUAGGAUGGCUCCCGAGCGCAUGAUGUGCCUGUCACAAGUUUGUGUCCCUCUGGUUCCUCUGCCUGACUUCGAACCCCUGGUGGAGGCUCUCCUCACCUAUCAUGGGCAUGAGCCCCAGGAGGUCCUCUCACCUGAGUUCUUCGAUGCUGUGAAUGAAGCCUUCUUGUCGAGAAAGAUCAUUCUGCCCAUGUCCUCUGUGGUCAGCCUCUGGUUUCGGCAUCUCCCCAGUCUUGAAAAAGCAGUGCUGAAUCUUUUUGAAAAGCUGCUCUCCAGCAAGAGAAAUUGCCUGAGAGAGAUGGAGUGCUGUAUAAAAGAGUCAUUGCUGCCUCAAGCAGCCUGCCAUCCUGCCAUCUUCAGGAUUGUAGAUGAAAUGUUCAGGUCUGUGCUGCUGGAGACUGACGGAGCCCCAGAGGUGCUCGCUGCUCUUCAGGUCUUCAUGUCGUGCUUGGCAGACGCUCUGGAAAAAGAGCACAAGCAGAUGAAGUUUUCCCUCAAGACCUACUUCCCAUACGGUGCUCCAUCCCUCACUGCCAUGCUGUCCCAGCGCCCAGAAGCUAUCCCACAGAGACAUCGGCUCCAGCCUCUGCUGCACAUUUCCCAGCUCCUCAGAGAAGCAGUUGAAGACCACUCUCAUGGGUCCCAGCAAGAUCCCUUCGAGAGCUGGUUUUUGUUGACCCACUUUGGAGGAUGGGUUGAUCUGGCCAUGGAGCAGCUGCUGAGGGAGGAAGCUGAGCCCCCUGCAGACCUGCUGUGGCUCGUGGUGUUCUAUUACAGCCCGCAGGACGGGAGUCGGCAGAGAGCACAGACCAUGGUGGAGCUGAAGGCAUUGCUCAACCGCCUCCUGAUGCUGCUCAGAAGUGGCCCCCUCUCCGCUGCCGAUCUGCAGAAAGCAGCUGAGAUUCCCAGUGCAGACCCCAGGCCACCUGUAUGCAGACAGCUGGUCAGACGCCUGCUUCUUAGCCUCUUGCUCUGGACCCCAGAAGGCCAUGCAGUUGCCUGGGAAGCUGUCGCCCACAUGGCCCACACGGAUGCUGUCACCCAUGAAAUUGUUGGCUUUCUUGACCAGAUCUUGUAUAGAUCGGAUCUCCUUUGUGCUGAAGCCUCACGAAAACUGGCCGGAGAGCUCCUUCAGGAGCUGAGCCCAGGCCCAGCUCGGGUCUAGCAGGCAGCACAGAAAGCACAGGGCCUGCAUGGGAGUCUGUCUGGUGAGGACGCUGUCUGUGGGGUCCAGAACCAGGAGAGUGCUGACCACAUCUGUGCCUUGGCCCAGUUCAGUGAUGCACGACUCCUCCAGGGAGGAGGCCCGGGUCACCUGUCACGUCCAAGUCUCGGGUGAGCCUGCAUGGUGACAGCUAGCUCUGGCUGGUUUGCUGACUCGCUUCGUCCUUCCCAUUUGGAUGAUGCUGCCAGUGAUGGGGAGCUGCCCAGUGGCUGGAGACCGGAGCCCUGCCGAGGAUAAGGCUGCGCCGCGCAGAUGAGCGCCUGCCUCCUUUGCUCCGCAGUGCGGCAGUGCCUCCAUUGCAGCCGAGGGAACAGUCAGUGCUUCCUGCUCCCCGUGCCCCAAGAAGGCAACAAACAAACCCAAACCCUACCUCUUAGGUGGCCUAUGUCUAGUAAAACAGAAGAUUUGGGAACUGAAAAUUCGUAAGUCUCUCCUCUCCACAUGCUGUACAUGGGAAUGCUGGGCGAGUGAGCAGAGAAGUCACCAAGCUGCGGUCCUGUGGACUUGCUACAAGAACCCCUGCCCACGUGCAGAUCAGCUUCAGUGCUCAGCACCUCUACCUGGGGGGACGUGCUGGCUGCCGUCACAGUUGCGUUAAGGCACUGUGGCCUAAAGUGGAGGGUGCUGGCUUUCUCUUGCAUUUGUGCAUCUGGGCUGUCAGCAGCCAGGGAAACCACUGACCAGCAUGCUUGCUCGGUCCGUCUUACCCACCCUGCUGAUGGGCCCACUGCAUUGCCAAGCUGCUCACAGGAGGAUGGGGCUGGACUUACCUGUUCCAUUCUAAAUAAAAACUUGUACUUAAUUUUAUAGUCAAUGUUUCCCAAAGAGUAAAUUUUAUAGUCAAUGUUUCCCAAAGAGUAAAAACUGUCCCGGUCCUACCUGUAAAAGCUUCGAGUCUUACAAACCUUAGGCCUGGCUUGGAAAAGACUAA